GAGCGGAUGGCUAUGUCUCAACCUUACAUUGCCCGACAUCCCUUGAAUGUCCUCACCUCUCGAGUCGCAAUAUCCGAGGCUUCGUCAAGGUCAAGGGCCGCUACGAAGCAUAUGCCAUGUCAGGUUUCGCCAAUCAGUGAAUGCUGACUUUACCUUGUCUCGUACCCAGCCGCUUUCGUCCCGCACCCCACCACCGCGCACUAAGCGUCUGGGGCAUUUUGACAGAGCCCUCCCCCCUUCCGUUUAGCGCCCAUGUAGCGCCCAUGUAACGGUCACAUGUCGGAUACCGCAUCAUUCCGUCAAGCCACCUAGCCUAUUUCGGUAACUCCUCCUAGCAGCUUUUGCGCGCGCACCUGUCCCUCAGUGCUGCGAGUGUAGUGUCACAGAGAUGGUAUGCGAGCUGUAUAUAUUCCUCACUUCUCGGAAUCUCAUCAAGGCAGGAAAAUAGACAUUGAGCCCCCUUAACCAUAAUUAUACCAGGCUAUUGCUGAGUCACAAAUACAACUGUCUUGUACUGCUUUUGGAAUCUGCCGUAUACUCUUUCAGUUCCAAUACUAUGCAUUUACAUACUU